ACACUCUCAAGAACGAUAAUUUUCUCAAUCGAAAAAUUUGAGAAAAUCCGAAUCUCUCAAAAGCCAAAGCGAACUCAGUACAAGCUUCUCCGUCGACCAAUAAGAACUCCGCUUAGGGAAAGAACUCCCCGCGAGCCAAUCGAAAGCGGGGAGACAAGGCGUGUGGGCAGAAACGGACCAAUCAGCGCGCGCCUGAGGUGUCUUAGCAGCCCCCUCGUGCCGUGCUGGCUGGAAGAGCAAGAGCCGAGUGUAGGAAAACAUCAGGGACGGGGGAUUCACCCAAAGAACCACCCAUUUUCCAUCUGUACCACCAUGGCGGACCCGGAGACACAAGCCAAGCCUGAAGAACAACCCAAGGCACCUGCUAAAGCGAAAGAAGUCCUUGCCACCAAGGUAACCGGCACUGUGAAAUGGUUCAAUGUGAAGAGUGGCUACGGCUUCAUCAACCGGCAUGACACCAAGGAGGACGUGUUUGUCCACCAGUCAGCCAUCACCAAGAACAAUCCCAGGAAGUACGUGCGUUCAGUGGGCGACGGGGAGGAGGUGGAGUUCGAUGUUGUGGUUGGCGAGAAGGGCAACGAGGCUGCCAAUGUCACUGGGCCUGGUGGAGAGGCUGUGAAGGGGUCGUCUUAUGCUCAUGACCGUGAUGUUCCCCUGCAGGGGUCGCCCUACGCAGCAGACCGACGCCGAGGCUACCGCCGACGCUACUAUCGUCGUGCAGCUCCUGGAGAGGAAGGGGAAGAGGUCGAGGGAGGGGGAGAAUUCACACCACAGGUGAGGUAUGAUGCUGGCUAUGCUGACUAUGAGGGAGAGAUGAUGGAGGGAGAAGCUGUGCCCAUGAGAGGCCGCGGAAGGGGACGAGGCCGCAGCAGGGGCAGAGGAGGACGCACCCCACGUGGAUACUUCCGCCGCUACUACAGUGCUCCCCGACCACAGCAAGAGAUGAUGGGCGGCCCAGAGGAGGUACCUCGCCGCAGAUUCCGCCGUGGAGGCCGUGGCCGUGGCCGUGGCGGUCGCUUCAGCGGUGCUCCAGAGACCAGGACAUCGGAAACGCAGACACAGGUAGCGGCUGAGGGACAGAAGCCUGAAGCAUCAGCAGAAGAAUGUAAAGAAGGAAAUGUUGAGUCUGAGGGAGAGCAACCAGAAGCUAGCACGGAAGCAGUGGGAGAGGGACAGCAGGCAGGUCAAGAAGGCCAGGCUGCACCUGCAGCACCACCUCAGCAGCCAGUGGAGAACACAACUGCUGAAAGCACUGCGUAAACCCAUAACCCAACUCCCCUUAAGUCAAGCCACCAAAGUUAAGAAGUCUAGUUUUUAAGUUUGACACUGUCUUGUGGGUCCCUUGUCUCAUAAAUUAGUGUCAGCCUUAAAAACUGGCCUUAAAUGUAAGGUUGGGUGGGAUUGUUGCUGAGCCACGCCCCAAGCCCUAAACGCGCCUAGCAGGAGUCUCACCCACCCCCCGGGACCCCAGCGGCACACAAACCACCAAGACGGAAGAAAGGGGCAAAGUAAUGCAGAGCAGCGGCUUAAUAACCAACACGCUGUUGCUCCCGGUUACCAGAAAGUCGGCUCUGACCACCUAAGAAGGAAAACCUUGCGUGUCCUCACUCCGGGUCCGGUAACAAAGAGGUCACACCAGAACAGACAAACCCACGGCCAAGGGUUGGAGUCACCGAUAUGAUGGCCCUUUCUUUGUCACGCAACACCAAUGAUGACGCCAUGCAGCAAAUAACUACGAUACUUAUUGUCAUAUGGGUGGGGAAUGAAGCACAGUUGAUAUAAAUAUGAAUAUGACUAUACAAUUCUUGUAUGAUUACAAUGGGUGGUAAAAAAAAAAGGAAAAAAGUUUAAGACAGCUGAUUCCUCAUGAAAGAAGUAUUUUGAUUCACUAGUCCAUGGUGCUGAGGUGUGUUUGUUGCUGGUUGGGUUCCACCAAAAAAAGUGUAAAAUCACAAGAGUUAACCUCAUGCACAUGUUUGAUAAAGAACUCACCCCCAGUAGGCCCUGUGACGAGCCUGGGAUGCCGCAACUAGGUCCUUAUGGUACAAGACGCGAGUCUACCCAUAUACCCUUUUUAUCAUUGGUCGUCCUCCUCUAAAGGCUGGAGGAUUGCAAUGUUCUCAGUUUGGAUUAUUGUUGCAGGUGUCCUUGGGUUGACGUUUAGGGGUGUAUCAGAUGAAUUUUAAGAUCAGGUUUUAAAGUAAUGACUACCAGCUUAACAUAGCUAGGUAUGGGCAAUAGUGGAUGGACGUUUUUUCUUGUUUUAUGUCUGAAAUAUUUAACAUUGGCAGUUAUUUUUGGAAGACCCUAUUUUGACACUUUUUCUACAUAAAUUUUGUAGGAAAUUAUCGUGCCACAAAACAUGUGCAUUUGCAAUAAACCAAUAAAAUCCAUAAAAAUGUA